AUGGCAGGCACCGGCAAAAGGGCAUUGAUUGUAGGCCCGGGGUUUAUUGGACUCAACAUCCUUGAUCUACUGGUGCACGAGAACUUCCAGGUCACUGGAAUCGUCCGCAGAUCGGAACAUGCAGAGCAAGUCGAGCAUCUGGGUGCCACAUCUGUGAUUGGGGAUCUGGAUGAUGUCCCUCUCAUAACUCAACAGGCAAUCGAACACGACAUCAUCUUUCAUACCGCCACAGCUGACCAUAUAUCGUCUGUCGAGGCCAUUUGUCAGGGAGUCGCCGAGCGCGCGAAUCAAGGAAAAUCAACCAUAUAUAUUCACACGUCGGGAGCGAGCCUGCUAGAUGACCAGUCCCACGGAAAUUAUGAGACCAGCAAAAUAUACUAUGACAACAAGCCCGAGGAUAUAGCUGCGCUCCCACCGACAGCACCACACCGCAAAAUUGACCUGACCGUCGUCAACUGGGGAAAAAGAUUGGGCGAGAAGGCCAAAAUCGCGAUCAUAAUACCUCCGAUCAUUUAUGGUUAUAACUCCAACCACAAACGCCUAACCAUCCAGAUCCCCACGCUCACUCGGUUUGCCUUGAAGCAUGGCUACGCUGGAUUCGUGGGUAAAGGACUCAGCGUUGAAAGCUCAAUCCAUGUAUUGGAUCUCGCGAGGGCUUUCAUGGUUUUGUUACACUAUAUGGAGUCGUCUGAUUCGCGGAUAUUCAUUGAAAACCCUUAUUUUUUCUGCGAUAGUGGCCAGGAUCACUCUUGGAGGUCGUUCGGCGAGAUGAUUGGAAAAGGCCUGCACAAAGCGGGUAAAAUUGCUGAUCCCACACCGAAGAGCAUCCCCAAAGACAUGUUUGGGUGGCUGUUUGGGGAUCACACAUACCCUGUAGCUGGCUUGAACUCGCGCAGCCGUGGCGUGAGAUUAAGAGAGUUAGGCUGGGAGCCGAGUGAGUUAAUUCCCAGAGCUCUUUUGCACGACCAAGUGACAUCUGGCCCAUAA